AUGGGGAGGCGAAAGGAGCGUCGACUCGCUGCAAUUAACGCUGCUGGCCGUAGAGUUAAGCUCGAUCUGUUAGCGGAACCCUCUGGAGAUGUGGGUGGUUCUUCUGGCAAGGAACAAGUUGGAGGGGAUGGUGAUCCCAAAUCUCAUGCAACCAGUUCACCUUCAUCUUCAGGACCACAACCAGUCAACCCUCUCCUGUUGCUUGAGCAAUAUAGUGAUGAUGAGUUGGAUGCUGGGUCUAGUGAAAGACAUAAUCAUGCUGCCACAGAGGGUGCUUUUAUUGGCAUUGAUGAUGAGGGAAAAAUUGCUGCUAGUGAAGAAACUGAGGAUAGAGAGAAUAAUCAUGACCUUCCUAUGGGACAACAUUUGGACUCUUCAGAGAAACUUGAGAAUAGCACUGCAGAAAUUGGUUCUAAUAAUUUGCAGAAGCAAACAAAUAAUAUCGAAGUAACCACAUCUCCUGCUGCACCUGAUCCAGUUGGAGAUGUGAGUUCUUGUUGGAAGAUGGUAUUACAUGAUGAGAGUGGUCAGUACUAUUACUGGAACAUUGCCACGGGUGAAACGUCAUGGGAAGUACCAGAUGUUUUGACCCAGGCAAGUGUUACGACCACAGAGAAAGAAAUUGAAGACGCUGAAAGGAAAGUGGAUGCUGCGAUUGGCCCAUGCAAAUGUGGAACAUCGGUAGAUAUGGAUGAAGGUGAUAUGGCUGCUAAGAAACUUUCCAUGACCGAUACCAGUGACCUUGCUGAUCAAGGGACGAAAAUAGAUGGAUCCAUCGAGGGAAUAGAAGGAGAAUCUAUUGAAGAUAAAGAAUGUAACAGAGAUGUGAGCCAAAGCAGUGAAGUAUCCUUGCCUGAUAGACAUUCUGUGGAAAGAAACAGUAGGGACGACUUUACUGAUCCUUCUUUGGAGCUGAUAGAGAACUGUGAAAGCCUAUUAGAGAGACUGAAAUCUGUGAAAGGGUUGAAUGGCCUUCUAGAAUGUCGAGAUCUUAAAAUGAAGUACACAGUGGAAAUUGAGACAAGACUGGCUGACAUUAAGGCAUUAGCAUGUCAUGGAUUAUCCUUACUGCCAUUUUGGCUGCAUUCUGAGGGUCAGAUUAAACAACUUGAAGCUGCUGUAGAUGGUAUCGUGCAAUCUUGCCACUCCAAAGCCCUGGGUGAGUCUGGGGCUGCAUUAGAAUCAUGUGAAGGAAUCGAUGGUGAAACUGAAACUGGCCCUAGUGAAAAGAAGGCACAAUUUACUGCCGCAGUGUCUCUCCCUGAGUACACAUUCAGGACGCCAAAUCAUGGAGCUAAAAAUGAUAUCGCUACUACCAUCGGACGUGUAUCCACCGACAAGGAAAUGGAUGGAAAAAAUGAAUUAACUCGAAAUGUAGAGAAUAACGAAUUAUCCUCCAUACCUGCCCUUCAUUCUGCUGAGGAUAUGGACAUGGAUGUGGACAUGGAAGUCGAUGAUACAUCUUCAGUUAAGUGUCUGCAUGGAGGUGCAUCUGAUGCUCAUUAUCUUGCGUCGACUGCGCAACCAAAUAUGCACCAUACACUUGCAGACCAGGCAUCCUUUGCGCCAGGGCAAGAACCUGGUGUUGCUCCUCCUGUUCAAGAGUGGAUUCCGCCACCACCCCCAGACGAUGAACCGUUUCCUCCCCCACCCCCAGAUGAUGAUCCUUUCCCUCCUCCGCCGCCAGAUGAGCCUCCAGAAUCUUCAUAUCCUUCGGUAUCUCAUCUGGGUUCAGUUCAACCGUUAACUUACCCAGAACAUUAUACUCUAUCAUACCCUGUUUCUAGUAUUGGAUAUUAUGGGCAAACAACCCUUCCAAUUCCGGGCACUGCUCAAUAUACGCACCCUGAAGCAGGGCAGUUAGCUGUUGCCCACUUACCACAUUACUAUGAAGCAGCUACAAACAUUUAUGCCGUUGCUCCUCCAGUGGCGAACCCUGUUGGGCCUACAACAUACUAUGGCCUUCAAAAUGGAACCUUGAAUCCUGUUCCGCUAGCUAGUGGUGUUCCCAAGUCUUCAGGCAUGGGGGUGCCUACUUCGGAAACUAUGGACCCUGGUGCAGCGGUAACCAUGGAUUACCACCCAGAAGCUGGGUCCAAUUUGGUGCUAGAGACUAAUCUUACUGUUACCAAGUCAGGUGAUACCAUGGUUGAGGCCCCUUCUGAGGAAGCGUAUUUCUCCACUGGAGCUCCGGCAACUUCCUCAGUUGUGAAUGGUGUUUUUGUCCCAUCAACAUCUGACACCACCGCAUUGAUUCCUGCUGCUGCGGCUUCUGCCUCUUCUAAAUCUCAAUCUAAGGUGCUGCGUGGCAAGAAACGGACUGUUGCGGUGGCAACCACAUUGAGAUCUAACAAAAAAGUUUCCAGUCUGGUAGACAAGUGGAAAGCAGCAAAAGAGGAGCUGCACGAGAGGGAAGAAGAACCUGAAGACGCUUUUGAAAUCCUAGAGAGGAAAAAGAAAAGAGAAAUAGAGGCGUGGCGAGCACAACAAAUUGCUAGUGGGGAAGCCAAAGAGAAUGCUAAUUUUCAGCCGUUGGGUGGUGAUUGGCGAGAACGAGUGAAGCGUAAAAGGGCCGAAAGGAUGAAGGAAAACGAACAAAAUUCACCAGAUGUUGCUACAGAUGGAAGUCAGAAACCUGAUCUAGUGGAACUAUCUAAAGGUCUUCCAUCUGGAUGGCAGGUUUACUGGGAUGAUUCUUCGAAGCAAGUCUACUAUGGAAAUGUGCGGACAUCAGAAACAACCUGGACUAAGCCCACCUGA